UCCAUUAAUUAACCACUUGUCUCUAAUUUCUCCACCAACUAACCUAUCGUUUAUCCUUUUUAUUUAUGACUCGAAGAAAAAAUCAACACACAUUAGAAGAAAUAAUAAAUACACAAAAAGUCAUAGGCAUAAAUAAUUGCACUAAAUAAUUCUCAAAGUUAGAAAGAAAAAAAGAAGAAAUAUCACAGUAUAGAGAGAAGCUAUGGAAGGGUUGCAAAGAUCUGCAGUUUCCUUCCGAAGACAAGGUUCAUCAGGAUUUGUUUGGGAUGAUAGAUUCUUACAAGAAGAAUUGAACAAAGCGAAUCAGAAUCAAAAUCAGAAUCAUCAAGAGCAAGACAAGGACGAGAUUCAUGAUGCACCUCCACAACUUGGAUCAAUCAACACCGUUCAGAGGAGUCGUUCAAACGGUGGAGGAAGAGGAUACCGUACCGGAAAAGUGUCUCCGGCGAUUGAACCACCGUCUCCUAGAAUCUCUGCAUGUGGAUUUUGUGGUGCUUUUGGAAAAACAGGGGAAAAGACUAAACCACCCAAGCAUCGAUCCAGUACUAAAGUAAACGCGGACGACGACGACCACAUCCCUGCAUACAAGCAACCAUUGCAAUAAAUUGAGUUACUAAAAAAAGGUUUUAUCUUCCUUCAGAUGUUGUUCACCCAUCAUGGCUAAAGCACUCACUAUGUCCUUUGAGUCCAUUGUUUAUCUCCAAUUAAGCAAAGUUGCUGCAUCUUUUAUAGUAUUGAUGUUUUCGGUGUUAUCUCUUUUUAUUUUAAACAAAUUAUGGGUA